UUACUCGUAGUACUGGCAAGGCGCGGCAGCCCGCAAAUCUGACACCCACAUGUGCACAGCACACAGAUGGAGACGUCUCCUCCCCUGUCUAAUGUCUCCAUCUGUGCUCAUCAUGUAUGAGCCCACGUACCGUCCUCCGACGUCAGCCGUUCCAGAGACUCUAUCAUGGCAAGGUAGUCCUCGUUCUUCCACUCACUGGCAGUGCUGCCCCGCGACGGGCUGGGCGGAUCCCGCAGGUCCCCCAGCAGAUCCGACGUUUCAGUGAAGUCCCUCUCCUGCGGCGGGAAGGGGGAGGUCGGCAUGCGGCACGGACUACUGCCCAUGCUCUGCUGCUGCGGCGACCGCACCGGCGGCACCCACAUGAAGGGGCUCGACGAAGGGGACGGCCCGGUCUCUAGGAUGGGGAACAGCGGGAUGACCACAUUGCCGUCGGGUGGCCGCACCAGUGUCUCCUGCAGGGACGGGUCGGCGAUGUCGUCGUCUGCCUCGCGUGAGACGGAGGCGGGGGUGGCCCCCUCCUCUUCUUCCUUUGUCGUCGUUGUCCCCUCCUCGGCCGCAGGUGCCGGGGCGUCUCGUGCCUUGCUGCGGCGGUUGAUUGGAGGGAUGUCAAUCGUCAGAGUGUCGCUCGUGUUGCGGCGCUUGGGCCGCCCACUGUCGCGCUGGCCGCCCCGCUGCUCUCCUUCUCGCGCUUGCGGCUCGUGCGAUUCGGGGCCAUCAUCUAAGACGCUGUCAGGGAGCCAUCUGUUGUCAAGGAGCCGAAACAGAUGAUCAUCGGUGUCCUCCUGCUGCUGCUGCUCUUCUGUUUGGCCCUGCUGCUGAAAAUGCUGCUGCGCUUGGCCUUCUGGUGGUGUCUGGGGGUCGGUUCCCGCCUCGUCCUCCUCCUCCUCCUCCUGCUGCUGUUGUUGUUGUCGUAGCUCGUGUCUCGGGACUCUGGUGUCUUUGGAGAUUCUCCCCUUGGGCAUGCCUGCAGUGCGGGGCUUCAACUCAGUCGACCCGUGGGCGUACCGACACUUGUCGCCCAGCGUGCAUGUACCUAGGUGGAGGGAGAAAGAGAGAAGGCGUAUGGAUCAGGCGCUCAAUGCAAGGGCGUGGCGUCGUUCUGUCCAUGGCCGACUGACUGACCUUUGAGCCACUUCUGGCAUAUGGCGGUGUUGGCGAAGUACGGCGUAGCCCUCAGCUCCUCGCGGGAAUGGGCGUAGCGACAUGAAGGGAGACGGCACUCACGACCCUACACAUACAGCAGAGCACAGACAGUGCAGCAUGCAUGCAUGUGUGUCAUCUCAUCUGUGCUUUCUGCCACCUUCUUGACUUGUGGACACAUGGCGGUUUUAUCCAAGUUGAUGGAUGGCCGCAGCUCAUCGGGUGUGUGAGCGAAGCAGCACUGCUCCGGACAGUCCUGCCACGCCACGCAUGGACACGACACAGUGAAGGGCAUGCCAUUGGAUGGUUGAGCUCAGAGGGCUGCAGGCAGGCAGGUGUCUUGCUCCACUCACCGAGUAGCGACAGUUGGGCAUGAAGGGACACAUGCUGGACACACGGAGACACCAGAGGACCAGUGAAUGUCUGGCACAUGCCUUUCGUCAUAUCCCUCCUGCGCACCUUGUCUUGAUGAACUGGCGCUUGAAGCGCUGAUUGAACCGGUGGUUGGAGUCACUCACCUUCUUCCUUGUCCCUGGGCCCGGAUUCGCCAUGCUGCUGCCAGUGACCCCCGAACGAGUAUCCGCCCCUCGUGAAGCCCCAAUUGCCGCCCCGGGACGAGUCGUCCUGUCCUCUGGGGUGGUGGGGGAGAAAGAGGAGGUCACCGGCCUCGGAUGCAGCUCAUGGAUCUCUCGAAGGUACCUCGCGUCUGGGAGGAUGAGAGGAACGUACGGACGCGAGUACAUGUGGUGGGUCUUCACCCUCACUUCCCAUAAGACCACUGGCAGAUCGCCCUCCUUCUCGAGACUGCGCGCUGUGCCCCCAGGCGGCCCCCAGUCUCGAGGCGUCAACAGAGGGAACAU